AAGUAAAUAGUGGGCUAAGUUAAUGCUUCAAAUGUAUUAUAUUCCUAAUGAUGGACCAAUGCAAAGUAAGAGAAAAGGCAUUGAGGUAUUGAGGUGUUUGCCACUAUGCCAGCACUGUCCUUUUCGUUUUAAGUAAAAAGCAGGAUGGAGCUAAAGUGUGAUGCUUUACUGACAUAUAUUUGAGGCCUGACUUUUGAAUUGCAGCAAAGAUUUGCUCAAGCCGUCCUCAAUGGAUGCUUCAUCCAUGUUUGCUGUCUCUCUCUGCACGCUCUGCCUUGUUAUAAUCUCGCCGACAUUUGCUUCUUCUACAGGACGACAACCUCGGACUUCCUACAUCAUUCACAUGAAUGUUCAGUCGAUGCCCAAGGUGUUCUCUGAUCACCAUAACUGGUACUUGAACACUCUCUCCUCUGUCUCAGAAAACAGAGGAGAAAUUCCCUCCCACAAGCUCAUCUAUACCUACUCAAGUUCCCUCCAUGGCUUCAGUGCAACCCUUUCCCCGGCCGAGCUCGAUGCGCUCAAGGAAUCCCUGGGAUUCGUUUCUUGCACGGUCGAUCGCCCCCUGGAGCUCCAUACCACCCACACUCCUGAGUUCCUGGGCCUUGGACCGGCCUUGGGGGCAUGGCCUGCUUCCAGGUAUGGCGAAGAUGUCAUUAUCGGGUUCGUGGACACGGGAGUAUGGCCCGAUAGUCUGAGCUUCCAUGAUGAAGGAAUAGGUUCGAUCCCGCUAAGAUGGAGAGGGGCGUGUGAGUCCGGUAUGGGAUUCAAACCUUCCUCUUGCAACCGGAAGCUCAUCGGGGCUCGGUUUUUUAACAAGGGUCUAUUAGCUAACCGACCCAAUGGGACCCUCUCGAUGAGCUCUGGCCUUGACACGGCGGGACACGGCACACAUACCUCGUCCACUGCCGCCGGGAACUUUGUCAAAGGCGUGUCUUAUUUUGGUUACGCCAGUGGCACGGCCAAAGGGGUGGCCCCACAUGCUCGAAUAGCCAUGUACAAGGCCGUCUGGACUCACGGGGUUUACUCUUCCGACGUGAUUGCUGCGAUAGACCGGGCGAUUGAGGACGGUGUCGAUGUGCUGUCCCUGUCAUUGGGGUUUAGUUCGGGAGGCUCUUUCCUGGGAGAUGACCCAAUUGCAGUAGCCACAUUUGCUGCCAUGGAGAAGGGGCUCUUCGUGGCGGCAUCGGCUGGUAAUGAUGGACCGCUGCAUUGGUCCUUAAUGAAUGGCGCUCCAUGGAUUAUGACAGUAGGGGCUGGCACUAUCGACCGAGAAUUUUACGGAAUGUUAACCUUAGGGAGUGGAGCCACCAUCACCUUCCCAUCGUUGUAUCCGGGAAAACCUUUCCUGGGUCCACUGGACAUCGUGUUUAUGGGAGCGUGUGAUGAUGUGCCUAAGUUAGAGAGCGUUCGAGGCAAGAUGAUAGUUUGCAAAGACAAGCUAGGGAUCAACGCACAAGUCGAGAAGGCCAUGACCGCAAGAGUUACCGCAGCUGUUUUCAUCACCGAGGUAUCGGUAUCAGAAUUUUACACCCGGAGCUCAUUUCCGGCUGCUUUUGUAGGGCUCCGGGAUGGACAAAUCCUAAUGGACUACAUCCAACGAAGUAGUAUUCCUAAAGGAAGGCUAGUGUUUCAGAAGACAAGGAUCGGAACGAGGCCAGCUCCAAGAGUGGAGAUAUAUAGCUCCCGAGGCCCGUUCGUGAGCUGCCCGAAUAUCCUAAAACCCGACCUUAUCGCCCCCGGCACACAAGUUUUGGCAUCAUGGGCACCGCAGACUCCCGUAGGAGAGGUAAAGUCGGGUAGUUUAUAUAGCACUUUCAACCUUGUCACAGGCACCUCGAUGGCCGCUCCCCAUGUGGCUGGUGCAGCAGCCCUGGUAAAGUCCGUGCACCCGGACUGGAGCCCUGCGGCAAUCCGGUCAGCCCUCAUGACCACGGCCUACUUACUCGACAACACACGGACACCCAUCAAAGAUAUCGCAAACUACAACCUCCCUGCGAGCCCUCUCGAUAUCGGAUCGGGCCACAUCAAUCUCAGCAGGGCGCUCGACCCCGGUCUUAUAUACGACGAGAACCCACAGGGAUACAUAUCCUUCCUUUGUGGGAUGAACUACAGACCGAAGCAGCUGCUAGCCAUCACGAGGUCGGUCUCUCACUGCAUAAAACGAUCCUUGGACCUGAACUACCCAUCGUUCAUCGCAUUCACGGACAGGGAAGGAUCGCAUUCAGGUGGCAACUUCGUGAAGGAAUUUUGGAGGACGGUGACGAAUGUGGGGAAUGACAGAUCAGCCUAUGCAGCCAAGGUGAUUGGCUUGGAAGGGAUAAGGGUCCGAGUGGAGCCAGACAGGCUAAUGUUUAAGCAAAAGAAUGAGAAGUUGCGGUACAAGCUAACGUUAGAGGGUCCAAGGUUGUCGGCAGAAGAAGUGGUUCAUGGGUCUUUGAUUUGGGUGGAGGAUAGUGGCAGAUACAGUGCGAGCAGUCCCAUUGUGGUCACAAGCCUCGUGCAAGAAUCUCCCUUCAUUAGGUCAAAAAGCGAUAGGCAAGUGUAGACUUUGGUCCACUCUCCAUGAUCAUAUCAAAUCCUAGAGUUGUUGAUGAAGUGACAAAGAUGUGACCCUUGUUUAACUCAUUUCUUAUGUCUAUAUUCUCUUGCUGCCUCUAUACUAUGUCGUUUGUCGUUGGUCAUCCUUAUAAUUGAUUUCUUAUAA